GAAACACCCCAAGCGAUCGCUUUUUUAUCUCCCCCAUUUUUCUGUUCGCCGGUUGCUUUUUCUUAUUCUUCUUUUUUUUUUUUGAAUUAGGGUUCCAUCAUCCUCUUCUUCUUCUUCCUCCAUCUCCAUCCAUCCGUCUUCUUCCUCCUCUCGGUCGCGGAAGGAACUCCCCGAAUCGCCACCGAUCCGCCGUUACUAGCCGUUACCCGCCCCUCCUUUCCCGCCAAUUUGGGCCCGGCCCCCCGGCCGUCGAUCGGCCAGAUUUCAAAUUCUAGCCGUUGGAUCGUCCCCCCGCCUCGUGGUUUUUCUUCUUUCCGGGAGCUCUUCGAGCGGGGAAGCCGGACGCGGAGGAGGAAUGUCGUCGGCUACGGCUGCGGCUGCGGCUGCGGCGGCGGAGGAGAAGAAGGCGGGGGCGGGAGCGGAGGAGAGAGCGGGGGAGCUGCUCUUCUGCGGGGGCACGUCCUGGGACAGCCUCGGUCGGAAGAAGGGCUCUGUGGAUGGCAACUUGGUCUCGCCCACUCGGCUUCGUCCUCUCGUCGGCAUCAAUAUCCGUCUCGUCGCCUCCGGAAGCACAUCUUGUCACUGCGUGGCCUUAGAUGUCGAGGGAAGGUGCUACACGUGGGGUCGAAAUGAGAAAGGGCAGCUAGGUCAUGGAGAUACCAUUCAGCGUGAUCGACCAACAGUCGUGUCUGAACUUAAAAAGUACAAUAUUGUUAAAGCCGGUUCAGGAAGGAACCAUACUGUUUUGGUUACGGAUGAUGGAAAUUCACUUGCUUUCGGCUUGAAUAAACAUGGACAGCUGGGAUCUGGUUCUGUGCGAAAUGAAAUUGAAGCAUCCCCUGUUCGUUGUCUUGUGACUGAGGUUAAAACUACUGCUUGUGGGGCGGAUUUCACUGUUUGGUUAUCUUCUGUAGAAGGAGCUUCUAUAUUAACUGCAGGCCUUCCCCAAUAUGGUCAACUUGGACAUGGAACUGACAAUGAGUAUAAUACUAAAGAUAGCUCUGUGAAAUUGGCUUAUGAAGCCCAACCGCGCCCAAAGGCAAUAGUCGCUCUGGCUGGGGAAAAGAUUGUCAAAGUCGCUUGUGGAACAAACCACACAGUGGCUGUAGACUCAAAAGGCUAUGUUUACACGUGGGGCUUUGGUGGUUAUGGCAGGCUUGGGCACAGAGAGCAGAAGGAUGAGUGGCUCCCUCGUCGUGUUGAUAUUUUCCAGAAGCAUAAUGUCUUGCCUCCUGAUGCUGUAAUUUCUGCGGGUUCUGUUAAUUCAGCUUGUACUGCAGGUGGAGGACAGUUAUAUAUGUGGGGAAAAAUAAAGAAUACGGGUGAUGAUUGGAUGUAUCCUAAACCACUUAUGGAUUUGAGUGGUUGGAAUAUACGCUGCAUGGAUUCUGGUAAUAUGCAUUACUUUGUCGGUGCUGAUGCAUCCUGCAUAAGUUGGGGCCAUGCUCAAUAUGGAGAGCUUGGAUAUGGCCCCAACGGACAGAAAUCUUCUGCUGUUCCCAAGAAGGUGGACAUACUGGAGGGAAUGCACGUCAUUGGCGUUGCAUGUGGUAUGGGCCAUUCAAUGGUUAUAGUUGAUCGAGCAAACAUCAGCGAUCGUCUGGAUGAGCUGGACAUAUAUGAUGGCAAAGCUGCUGCUGAAGGAAGUGAGGAACCCGAGAAUAAAACAGCACUAGCCAAGCAGACCAGCAGUAAAAGAGCUGCUAAAGCGACUGGCAAGAGGAACAAGUCAAAAAAAGAAGACUCAGCCUCUGAAGAUGAAGCUGAGGCUGAUGAUUAUUCUGAUGAUAGUGAUCAGGAGAAUGGUCGGAGCAAUCCAAAACGUCGACGCGGUGGGAAGGCUCCUAGUAGAGGUCGCGGUGGGGCUAAAACUGGGGGAAAAAGUGCUGGGAGGAGUCGAGCGAAAUCAGGAGCAAAACCAGGAAAGCGGGGCAGGCCUAGGAAAUUGUAAGCCGUGCACUCCAUUUUAGCAAAGUGGCUGUUUUUGUCUCUCAUUCAUGAGAGAGGUGUGCUAUUCUUUUCUAGCUUUGGCCAAGUACUUGCAUUCUUGUUUAUUUAUCCAUCGGCAAUCUGCUAUUUGCUUACUGGAGAGAAUCGAGUCCCAGAUGAUCAAUUAUUCCUCGCGAGGGUCGAGAAUGUGAAAGACCUGUGCUGAUUUUGAGCAAAUAGUCAUAACACAAUACUUUCUUUAAGGAAAUUUUACACUUUGGCUGC